AUGAGUCGCCAACUCCUCACAUCAACUGCCCUCUUCGGGUUCCUGGGACUCACUACUGCCAUCGGUUGCCCCUACGCCAACCCUGGCGCGCUUGCAGCCCGUGCCGAUGGCGCUUCCGACGACUAUCUUGCCCAGUUCACUGUGGACGAUAGCGCUGGUUACAUGACCGACGAUGUUGGUGGUCAGAUCUCAGACCAGGACAGUCUCAAGGCCGGCGCACGUGGAGCAACCCUUCUCGAGGAUUUCAUCUUCCGCCAAAAGAUUACACACUUCGAUCAUGAACGUGUUCCCGAAAGAGCAGUGCACGCAAGAGGUACUGGUGCUCACGGCAAAUUCACGAGCUAUGGCGACUGGAGUAAUUUGACUGCCGCAUCCUUCCUUGCUCAGGCUGGCAAGGAGACACCUGUCUUCGUCCGAUUCUCCACAGUCGCAGGCUCUCGAGGAAGCGCUGAUACUGCGCGUGAUGUCCACGGAUUUGCGACCAGAUUCUACACCGAUGAGGGUAACUUUGACAUCGUUGGAAACAACAUUCCUGUUUUCUUCAUUCAAGAUGCGAUCCGUUUCCCCGAUCUCAUCCACUCUGUCAAGCCUUCGCCCGACAGCGAGAUUCCCCAAGCAGCAACUGCUCACGACUCAGCAUGGGACUUCUUCAGCUCGCAGCCGAGUACUCUGCACACCUUGUUCUGGGCCAUGGCAGGCUACGGUAUUCCCCGAAGUCUUCGCCACAUGGAUGGGUUCGGUAUCCACACCUUCCGUCUCGUCACCGACGAAGGCAACUCCAAGUUGAUCAAGUGGCACUGGAAGAGCAAGCAAGGCAAGGCCUCUUUGGUAUGGGAGGAGGCCCAGAUCGUCGCCGGAAAGAACGCAGACUUCCACCGACAGGAUCUUUGGGAGGCUAUUGCAUCUGGCAACGGCCCUGAGUGGGAGCUCGCAGUCCAGGUUGUGGAUGAGGAACAGGCCCUCGCCUUUGGUUUCGACCUCCUCGACCCUACCAAGAUCAUUCCCGAGGAAUAUGCACCUCUCCAGACUCUUGGUGUCAUGAAGUUGGACACGAACCCUACCAACUACUUCGCCGAGACUGAGCAGGUCAUGUUCCAGCCCGGACACAUUGUUCGUGGUAUUGACUUCACUGAGGACCCUCUGCUACAGGGACGUAUUUUCUCGUACCUUGACACCCAGCUUAACCGCCACGGUGGUCCCAACUUUGAGCAGCUCCCUAUCAACCGUCCUCGUGCUGCUAUCCACAACAACAACCGAGAUGGUGCUGGCCAGAACUUGAUCCACAAGAACAAGAACGCCUACUCUCCCAACACCCUAAACGGCGGUUACCCGCAGCAGGCCGACCAGAAGAACGGUCGCGGCUUCUUCACCGCCCCAAGCCGUACCAUCUCUGGCAAUCUUGUUCGCGCUCUGUCAUCCACCUUCGACGACCACUGGAGCCAGCCUCGCCUGUUCUACAACUCCCUGACCCCCGUCGAGCAGCAGUUCUUGAUCAACGCAAUCCGCUUCGAGACGAGCAAGUUGACGUCUGCCACCGUGCAGCAGAACGUGCUCACCCAGCUCAACAAGGUCAGCAAUGACAUUGCUACCCGCGUCGCUGCAGCCCUGGGCAUGGAGGCCCCCGCUCCCGAUGAGACGUACUACCACAACAACGUCACCGCCGGCAUCUCGAUUACCAACAACACCCUCCCCACCGUCGCUACUCUCCAAGUCGGUAUCCUGACUACUACCAAGUCCCUGGACCAGGCUACCGCCCUGAAGGAGCGUCUUGAGGCUGAUGGCCUCGUCGUUACUAUCGUUGCCGAGACCCUGUCUGCCGGUGUUGGCAGAACCUACUCGGCCGCCGACGCCACCGACUUUGACGCCGUUGUCAUUGAUUCCGCCGCAGACCAGGCUGGCGUCUUCAACACCCCUUCUUCUUCGUCGUUCUACCCUCCGGGCCGCCCGACCCAGAUUGCCCAGAACGCCUUCCUCUUUGGCAAGCCCGUCGGCUACUUCGGCAGCACUGCCAACGGCACGCAGAGUGCCUCCAUUACCGGUGCCGGCUUCGUUGAGGGCGAGGACGGUGUGUACUAUGGCUCUGAUGUCGAAGGAUUCGCCACCGGUCUGAAGGAGGGUCUGACUACAUUCAAGUUCCUGAGCCGUUUUGCGGUCGACGCAUAA